AAAAAAUUAUUUAAGCUGCUCAUUCCAAUCUUGCUACUUAAAUUCCAGUCCAUCUCACCAUUCUCUAACAAGAAAAAAAGAUACAUAUAUAUCCACUAUGUGUAACCCAAAACCUUCCUCUCCCCCUUCAUUUGCCUCUUCUAACAAAACCCAUUUCAAAAAUCCCAACAAGCCCAUGGAUCCUGAUGUUGACAAUGAUUUCGAAGAUCAACUCCAUAGAUGGCCAACUCCUUGUGAGGCAAUGGAAGAAAUCAAAGAAAUAGGGAAAAUCUCGGGUCCAACGGCAAUAACAGGGCUACUGCUCUACUCCAGAGCCAUGAUCUCCAUGCUAUUCCUCGGCUACCUCGGCGAGCUGGAGCUCGCCGGCGGCUCCCUCUCCAUCGGCUUCGCCAACAUUACCGGCUACUCCGUCAUCUCCGGCCUCGCCAUGGGAAUGGAACCCAUCUGCGGCCAAGCCUACGGCGCGAAACAGAGGAAGCUCCUCGGCCUCACCCUGCAACGCACCGUCCUCCUCCUCCUCUCCACCUCCAUCCCCAUCUCCUUCAUGUGGCUCAACAUGAACCGGAUCCUCCUCUGGUGCGGCCAAGACCAGGAAAUCUCCUCCAUGGCCCACACCUUCAUCGUCUUCACCAUCCCUGACCUCUUCUUCCUCUCCCUCCUCCACCCGCUCCGAAUCUACCUCCGGACUCAGAGCAUUACCUUGCCAGUGACGUACUGUUCGUUAAUCUCCGUCCUGCUUCACGUCCCGUUGAACUUCCUCCUGGUGGUCUAUUUCAAGAUGGGUAUUUCCGGAGUGGCGGUGGCCAUGGUGUGGACAAACCUGAACUUGUUUAUCUUGCUCUGGUGCUUCGUCUACUUCUCAGGCGUGUACAGGGACUCCUGGGUGGCCCCCAGCGCCGACUGCCUGCGCGGGUGGUCCUCCCUCCUCGCUCUGGCCGUCCCCACCUGCGUCUCGGUCUGCCUCGAGUGGUGGUGGUACGAGUUCAUGAUCAUGCUCUGCGGCCUCUUGGCCAACCCCAAGGCGACGAUCGCUUCCAUGGGCAUCUUAAUCCAGACAACUUCGCUGGUAUACGUGUUUCCGUCAGCCUUGUCGCUCGGGGUGUCCACUCGGGUCGGUAACGAGCUGGGCGCCAACCGCCCCGGGCGGGCCCGGGUGUCCACCAUCGUGUCCAUGUCCUGUGCGGCGAUGCUGGGCAUCGCUGCUAUGGCGUUCACGACGCUGAUGAGGCACAGGUGGGGGAGGUUUUUCACGAGCGACAGGGAGAUAUUGGAGCUGACGGCGGUGGCAUUGCCGAUAGCUGGGCUGUGCGAGCUGGGGAACUGCCCGCAGACGGCCGGGUGCGGCGUCCUGAGGGGCAGCGCGAGGCCGACGGUGGGCGCCAAUAUUAACCUCGGUUCUUUCUACUUGGUGGGUUUUCCGGUGGCCAUUUUCAUGGGGUUUGUGGCGAAAAUGGGAUUCGCCGGGCUUUGGAUGGGAUUGCUGGCGGCCCAAGCUUCAUGUGCUCUGCUCAUGCUCUGUGUUCUAGGGAGAACUGAUUGGAAGGUUGAAGCAGAGAGAGCAAGAAACCUCACACAAUCUUCUUCUUCUUCUACUACUUCUCAUGAUUCUUUGCCGGUGUCGUUGCCUCCGGCAGCGGCGGCGGAGGGUGGCGGUAAGGAAGCAAAGAAGGUGGUGGUGGUGGUGGCUAAUUUGGAUGGGAUUUUGUGCAGUAAUAAUGAUGAUGAGUUGGUGAAGACAGCUUCCCUUGAAACUGACCCUCUGAUUUCUACUACUACGAAAGUACCCCACGUUCAUUGAUUAAUUAGGAAAUUAAUUGCUACCUAAUUCCCCCACCAUUUUUUUUGCCCCACUCUUGGAACAGUUGAUGCAUUCCACUCACUUGUUAGUAUUGUAGAGAAGAUGGGAUUUUCUUUUUUCUUUUUUUAAAUUGAUUUUCACACUCUUCUUUUGUUCAAGUGCACUCCAUUUUUUGUCUUUAUUAAUGUAAAAUUAUAAAAUUACCCUUCAUGUAUUCUUUCCUUCACACAUGAAAAGGGUAGUCAUGUAAUUUCACAUCACUACAAAACAAAACAAAAUAGUGCAUUUCAAUGAAAGGGGAGUGUUAAAAUCAAUUUCGAUCCCCUCUUGCUUUCCAUUAACGUGUAAUAAGAAUUGAAGAAUAGAAUAGAAAUGAACAAUAUUAUACAUACA